CCUUUCGGGUGCUUCCGCGGCGCCGCUCCGCCGAGGAUGGCUGCCCUGGUUGUAAACAAGCCUGGACCGGGACUGGACAGUGGCCGGCAGGGCAGCCGGGGUCCGGCCAUGGUGAAGGUGCUGGAGUGUGGAGUUUGUGAAGAUGUCUUUUCUUUGCAAGGAGACAAAGUUCCUCGCCUUCUGCUCUGUGGCCACACAGUCUGUCAUGACUGCCUCACCCGCCUGCCUCUUCAUGGAAGAGCAAUCCGUUGCCCUUUUGAUCGACAAGUAACAGACCUAGGAGAUUCAGGUGUCUGGGGAUUGAAAAAAAAUUUUGCUUUACUGGAGCUUUUGGAACGACUACAGAAUGGACAUAUUGGUCAGUAUAGUGCUGCAGAAGACGCCAUUGGGAUAUCUGGAGAGAGCAUCAUUCGUUGUGAUGAAGAUGAAGCUCACGUUGCAUCUGUAUAUUGCACUGUAUGUGCAACUCACUUGUGCUCAGAGUGUUCCCAAGUUACUCAUUCUACAAAGACAUUAGCAAAGCACAGGCGAGUGCCUCUUGCUGAUAAACCUCAUGAGAAAACCAUGUGCUCUCAGCAUCAGGUGCAUGCCAUUGAGUUUGUCUGCUUGGAAGAAGGCUGUCAGACUAGCCCCCUUAUGUGCUGUGUCUGCAAAGAAUAUGGAAAACACCAAGGUCACAAGCAUUCAGUAUUGGAACCAGAAGCUAACCAGAUCCGAGCAUCAAUUUUAGAUAUGGCUCACUGCAUACGGACCUUCACUGAGGAAAUCUCGGAUUAUUCCAGAAAAUUAGUGGGAAUGGUCCAGCACAUUGAAGGAGGAGAACAAAUAGUGGAAGAUGGCAUUGGAAUGGCCCACACAGAACACGUACCAGGAACUGCAGAGAAUGCCCGGUCAUGUGUUCGAGCUUAUUUUUCUGAUUUACAUGAGACUCUGUGUCGUCAAGAAGAAAUGGCUUUAAGUGUUGUUGAUGCUCAUGUUCGAGAAAAAUUGAUUUGGCUCAGGCAACAACAAGAAGAUAUGACUAUAUUGCUGUCCCAGGUUUCAACAGCCUGUCUCCAUUGUGAAAAGACUUUGCAACAGGAUGAUUGUAGAGUUGUCUUGGCAAAACAAGAAAUUACAAGGUUACUGGAAACAUUGCAAAAACAGCAGCAGCAGUUUACAGAGGUUGCAGAUCACAUUCAGUUGGACGCCAGCAUCCCGGUCACUUUUACAAAGGACAAUAGAGUUCACAUCGGACCAAAAAUGGAAAUUCGAGUUGUCACAUUAGGAUUAGAUGGUGCUGGAAAAACUACUAUUUUGUUUAAGUUAAAACAGGAUGAGUUUAUGCAGCCUAUUCCAACAAUUGGUUUUAAUGUGGAAACUGUAGAAUAUAAAAAUCUGAAGUUCACUAUUUGGGAUGUAGGUGGAAAACACAAAUUAAGACCAUUGUGGAAACAUUAUUACCUCAAUACCCAAGCUGUUGUGUUUGUUGUUGAUAGCAGUCAUAGAGACAGAGUUAAUGAAGCGCACAGUGAACUUGCAAAGUUGCUAACAGAAAAAGAACUCCGAGAUGCUUUGCUCCUGAUUUUUGCUAACAAACAGGAUGUUGCUGGAGCUCUUUCAGUAGAAGAAAUCACUGAACUGCUCAGUCUUCAUAAACUGUGCUGUGGCCGUAGCUGGUACAUUCAGGGCUGUGAUGCUCGAAGCGGCAUGGGGCUCUAUGAAGGGCUGGACUGGCUCUCGCGGCAACUUGUGGCUGCUGGAGUAUUGGAUGUAGCUUGAUUUUAAAUGCAGCAGUUGUUUCAGGUUUUGUGGUUAAGAGUUAUUUUGCACAUAAUAUGUUGUAAAAUUCUACAUCUCAAAGAUAGUUAAUUUAGGAUAUGCAUAUGAAAUGAAUCUUGGAUUGGGGAUUCAGUCUUGUAUUGCUUUACAAAAAUUAUUUUGUAGCAAAAUUUAAGUAUCUGAUUGAGCAAAUUAAAUUGGAUUAGUAGGGAUUUCCUGAGUUUACACCUUUUAGAAUGUGCACGUGUCAUUUGAGUCUUUCAGAUUGUAUGUGACCACAUACUGAGAGAGGAAUAGUUACAGGGGGUAAGUGAGGCUAUUCCUACAUCCCACCGAGCGCCUGCAGCCAGUGCAGCGUGGCCUAGCAUGCUCUCUCACUGAACGUGGCAGCGUUUAGUAGUGAGAACGGCAAUGAUUUGAUGAAUUAGAAUCCACAGAUUGCAUCUUUGGGUAAUAGGAUUAUUUUUAUCUUUAGCAUAACAGAACACCGUUAAUGCUAAGACUAUAAGCUAUAGAAAAUUAAUAUUUUAUACAGUGUUUUAUUAAAACUUUCUCCUAAUGCAUUUUGUAUAAAACCCAGUGAGUCAGAAUGAAAUGUUACCUAACUAGGCGUGAUUGUAAGAUUAGUACUAACCUGAAGAACAAUUAAUAAUAAAACUGUGAAAGUCAGUUACGUUCUAGUUGAUCUUCACUUAUGAGAGACAUUUCCAGGGCUGAACCUGGAUGUAUUAUUUCCUAGGUUAGAGCUCUAAACUAGUCCUUCUAUUUUUUCAGCAUAUUUAAAGUAGUUAGUGUUUCUUUUGAAAAUAAUAUUGCAUCCUUAGUGAGAAUGACUAUACGUAAAAGGUAGUAAAUUACACAAAGAACCAGGGUUGGCUUUACAUAAAAGAGAGACAUCUAAGUAGAAAACUUUAUCUUAAGUCAUUUGAACAAGAGGGAAGGCUUUUUAUAUCAUUUAAAAUGUUUUCCCAAAGUGCGUUUAUCUUGACAAUAAAACGUGAUCUUGUCUAGGCUCUUUGUGACAAGGCCUUGAAAAGUUAAGAGAAAAUGCAUGUCUAAGAAAGGAAAAGAAGAAACGUUGAAAAAGUUUACAUCACAUUUAUUAUGCAGUGUUGAGAGUAAAAAUGUUGUGCUCUUGUUUUCAUAUUUUUAGGAUGUUCUCUUAUUAUGGCAGUACAAUUUAUUAUAUUUAAACAAAACUAGAUUGGAUUUUAUGGAUUUUAAUCCUUACCAGAGGACAUGCCUAGAAAGAGGAAGGGAGAGAGACAUCAGUGUGAGACGGAAACUUGAUCGGUUGCUUUCCAUAUGCUCCCUGACUGUGAAUCAAACCUGCAACUCAGGUUUGUGCCCUGACCAGGAAACAGACUUUUGGUGCACAGGGCGAUGCUCAACCACCUGAGUCACUGCAGCCGGGCGGAUUUCAUGGUUUUUUAAAAAAUACUUUUUAUAUUUUAGGAUGAAGUUCAAUCAUAAAUCUUAGUUGAACUACUAUGAAGACAUUGAUGUCUGAUGACAAGAUGUGACUUGGUGGUACUGUUUUGGUUCAGUUUCUUCAAAUGUAUUUUUGUUUAAAAACAACAAAACUUUUAGAAAAUAAGCAUUAAAAAAAAAAGCCCAUCAGUGUUAUGGGCAAUGUGUAAAUAAGUAAAUAUAAUAAUUAUAUUGUCCUUUAUUUUUCAAGUAAAAGGUCAUGCUGUUACAAGUAUAGUUUGUUCAUAUAAAUACUACUUCUGAAUUAAGUUAUUUAAUAUUAAACUGAUUGCAAUAACUGUGAAAAAUAAAAAAGGUGUUACAUUUACCUGUGAACCCUUGAACUGUUUUCUCUACCAGGUAAUUGAAAGAAAAAUGUUUAACACUAAUAUGUAAACUUGCUUUCCUGUAAAUUAUUUUUAUUUCACCAGUUUUGUUAACCUUUGUAAUUCAUAUUCUUAGCAUAUUACUAAACAAUUUUUAAAACUGCUUAGACCUGAUUAUAAUGUACAUAAUAGUAGUGUUUGUGUGUGAUUUCUUUUUAAGAAACAUUUUUCUUAGGCUGUUACUACUAUUUGUGGUUGUGUUCUUUUACUAUUAAGAUUGUGCUCGUUCUCUCUGGGAAAUGUCAAAUUUAAGAAUAAGAAAGAAAUGUUAAACACAUUCUAUUAGGACUUGAUUCCUAGCUCUGAAUUUCUGUAUUAAGCCUACAUAUUACUGUAUAAUGUAUGUAAAGCAGGUUUUUCAAGUGUAUAGCCCUGGUCUGUAAUUCUGGAAUGCUUUAUAAUCACCAGAAGCCAUUUUUGCAUUAUACAUACGAUCAAUGUAAGCAAUAAACUGUUACAAUCCUUUUAAA